AUGACCCUAACAGACUACACAAAGUGCACCAAUGGUGAAGGCAACAUUGUGGAUGGGGCAUUGACGAGUUGGGAAAAAACACUCUGCAAGCUGUUGUGGCGCAUUGAGAUAAUCGGGAAGCGAUCUAGAACUGUAGUUGUUCUUCUUACAGAUGGAAUGAAACGCGCCUUAGACUUACUGACAUGCAAGAGAGCUGAAGCUGGAAUUGAUGUGAACAAUGUCUACUUGUUUGCAUUACGGUAUGGGGAAGGCCAUCUGAGAGGGACCGACACUGUACGGGAGCAUGCAAAUCUCUGUGAGGCAAAACAUCCGUCAUACCUCAGAGCCACACGGCUACGAAAACAUGUUGCAACAGUGUCGCAGAUCAUGAACCUGCAAGAUAAUGAAUUAGACCUCCUUGCCAGUUUUCUUGGUCACGACAUUAGAACACACAGGCAGUACUACAGGCUCCCUGAGUCUACGCUACAAGUAGCAAAAGUGUCAAAAGUUCUUUUGAAUAUGGAGAAAGGGAACAUCCAAGGCCUUGCUGGGAAGAGCCUGCAAGAUAUUCAACUCAAUCCUAAUGAAGAGUGUGAUACAGAUGCUGAAUCUGAUACUGGUUUUGACUCUGACCAGUCUGAAGCUGAACAGUCUGAUGCUGAACCAGAGGAGCCAUCUACAAGUACUGGGAACAGACACAAGAAAGGUGUAUGUGAAAAACAGGGACCCAAGGCAAGGAGGGCUUGGAAUUCUCGUGAAAAAGCAGCAGUGACAAAGCACCUUGGUGGCUUCCUAAAAAGCCGUACAGUGCCAGGGAAAGCUCCAAUAAUGAAGAUGUUUAAGGCUGAGCAAAGAACCUUCUCCCACAGGACCUGGAGGAACAUCAAGGAUUUCAUCCGAAACCAAACGCGAAAAAAAGACCCAAUGGGCUUCCUUAAAAUCUAG